AGUGUCAUUUUUGUGUGUCACAAAAUCUGAAUAGUUGUCAAUUUCGUAAAAUUUUCUAAUAAUUUUUCUCUUGUUUGCAUUUUGUGAUCAACUUGAUUCUCAUGUGUUCACGUGUUGUAUUAUUUUAACUGUAUAUGUGAAUUGUGAUUUCAGUUGGUAUAUAAAAUAGCGUAUAUACUUUGUUAUAAUGGAUGUCCUCUCCCGUCCAGCUGAAGAGUUCACCAAUGAUGAGACAGUGGAGCACCUGUGGGCAGCGAGAGCAAUGGAGCAUAGUGAUAUUUAUUUCAAUGUGUUAUGCUCAGUGGACACAAGAUGGCUCCGGUUGACCCCACAUGACGACCUCAUAUACACGCAUUUCAGGCAAGACUUCCCCGACUUAGAUGUCUCAUACAUCAAGGAGGAAGAAAUUAAGAAUAAUAUGAACAAAGCAAAAUGGCGCGUGUUCUGUGAGAAAUUUAAAACCAUAGUUGAAGAUUAUAGUUUCGGUACCUUAAUGAGAGCAGAUACUAAAGGGGAUUACUCGGAACAGAAUACGAUAUUAGUACCACGGGUUCAGUUCUAUGCAGUGGAAAUAGCGAGAAACAAGGAAUGUCUUAAUAAUGAAGUGAAGAAAAGGUACAAAUGUGCCUCUAAGGCGAACAUGGCAGCUCAGACCCAUAAAACUGAAGUAGCUGUAUAACAUUCUAUUAUCUAAACACAUGCAUAUACCUGCCAGUUAAUAUUAAAAAUGUAGUUGAUGGUGAAAUGGGAAAAAAAUAACAAUUUGAAAAGAUUUUUCUCUGUAAUGGCCUUAUUCUGUAUGCCAAUGUAGUCUUAUCUUAUAUAUUUAUAUAUAUAUUCUUUGUGUAUUUAUCACCUUAACCGAAACGGCUGGACCGAUUUGGAUGAAAUUUUCUAUGUGUAUUUUAAUGAGUUCCUGGAGGGACAUUGCUUUUUUGAGCUGGACAGUGUUGAGGGUUCCGCGAGUUUGCAUUAAUUAGUUUUUCAGCAAGUGUAAUAAUUAUAUAGUCAGGAACUAUAAAUUAUUUAGGUAAUAUGAUAUUUAAAAAUUUCAUGUAUCAAAUCUCAUUAAUUGAAGACAAAAUUGAAUUUGAAUUUAGAAUGUAUUAAGAAAUUGGAUCAAAUAAAGAACAAUUAAUAAACAUAUUGCGUCAAAUUAGAAGAAAGAACAUCCUUCUUUAUUCAUUUUCAAUUAUCAU